UAUAUAUUUACAUUUUUCGCAUGUCAAAAUAGUUUUCAAGUGCACUAAACUUUCUUAUAUAAAUUUACUUUAUUUAAUUUAUCAUUAAUAAAAUGGACAAAAUAAUUGCAGUUCUUUUACUAUUUUGCUUUAAAUGUAUAGCCGGUGUAAUGGAAUAUGAUGGAAGGUUACAUAUAAAAUUGUAUCAUGCACUAGACUUAAAAAAUAAAGAAUUUUUUGAAGAAAGAGGUAAUAUAACAUUUGAAACAACUAGGAGCACUUUCUAUGCUAUUAAUCAGUUAGAUCUAAAUCCAAAUCAACAGAUUAAUUUACAGAAUCUUGCUGACCAGGAUGAGAUGUACCGAUUGAAAAGUAUAGUGGUAAAUUCAGACGGAAGUAAAGUAACAUAUCUAUCAAGUGUAAAGGCUAGAUCGCUUACUGCAGGUGGAUUAGACGAUAUAAUAACAAUAUAUUUAGCACACUCUGGUUUUGUGAUGGGAAUUUCAGAGUCUGUAUCCUCAGAUAUCAUAGAAAGCAAACUAAAUAAUAAUAAAUUUAAAACUGUGGUUCAAAUCAAACACAUGCAAUCAGCACCAAUACCAGACACAGCAAGUUAUAUUCAAAAGCUAGAAAGAGAAAAAGAAGCUAGAGAACGGGGAGAAGUAAAAGAUAAUAGAUCCUUUUUAGCAAAAUAUUGGAUGUACAUUGUUCCAAUAGCAAUAUUUGUAUUAAUUUCUGGAGCAGCAAAUCCUGAAGCACAGUCAGGUGGCCGAUAGUUGAACAUUCAUGUCAUUUCUGUGUAAAUAAUUUAUAUUAGAAUAGGAAUGGUUUUGUAAUAUUUGU